AUGCAGUUUGGUGUGUGCAAACAAAAGAACGGUAUCUAUAUUAAAAAACAGAGUGGAAAACCAGGUAUCAAAAUCAAACGCAUUCCAAAGAUUUUUAUCCUUCUUCUUCAUCUUCUUCCAAACACUGCUUGAUUUUGACUCCACAAGCCCUAAAAGUCCAACUUAACCUAACGGGUUGUCCUGAAAUUGCAUUUGUAUCAUUUGGGUCGAGAUUGAAAAUAUCAAAGAAGAUGUAUUUUUAAGCCUUGGAUUUCAAUGUGGGUUGUAGCAGGAGAAGGAGGAGAAGAAGAAGAAGAAGAAUGGGCCAGUUCUGAACUAGUUACUUGGAGAAUCUGAUAUCGCUUUUGCGCUCUGGGGUUGCUUGGAGUUGCUUCACCUUCUAUGGCGGAUUUUCUUCUCUGAUGUUAUUGACUAUUAUCGAGUUUGAAGUUGGUUCUUGGCCAUGGCUCGGCGUCAUGGAUGGGAACUCCCUGCUCACACUUUCCAGGUUGUGGCUAUAACAGUUUUCUUCUUGCUAUCUGUUGCAUAUUAUGCCUUCUUUGCUCCAUUUCUUGGGAAGAAUAUUUAUGAAUAUGCAGCUAUUGGUGUCUAUUCUUUCUUUGCCCUUGCUGUUUUCAUCCUUUAUGUUCGAUGCACAGCCAUUGAUCCAGCUGAUCCUGGUAUUCUGCUUGAAGCUGACAACAUGUCUACCUACAGAUCACAGAAUGACGCAGAUGUGCCUGGUAUUGAAGAUCCCAGAAAAAUGGAAUUAAAUAAUGGAGGAAGACCUUAUAGGCACACUUCAAGUUGGUGCUCAAAACUUGGAGCUUUCUUUUGUGGUUUUCUUGUAAUAGAAGAUUGCUGCAAAGAUGAAAUUCUGCAGCAACAGUCAGGAGAGGAUGCUUUGUUCUGUACAUUGUGCAAUGCUGAGGUACGUAAAUUCAGUAAACACUGUAGAAGUUGUGACAAAUGUGUUGAUGGAUUUGAUCAUCACUGUCGGUGGUUGAAUAAUUGUGUUGGUAGGAAAAACUAUAUCACAUUCGUGUGCCUCAUGGCGACAAGCCUUGUUUGGCUUAUGGUCGAAUUUGGGGUUGGUAUUGCUGUCCUUGUUCGGUGCUUUGUUGAUAAAAAGGGUAUGAAUAGUCAGAUAGCUGACAAACUUGGAGUUGGAUUCUCUCGAGCCCCUUUUGCUACUGUGGUGGCCCUAUGUACGUCUAUUUCCUUUUUGGCUACUGUGCCUUUGGGAGAAUUGUUUUUCUUCCACAUGAUUUUGAUACGGAAGGGUAUCACAACAUAUGAGUAUGUUGUUGCCAUGAGAACACAAAGUGAACCUCCUGGACCAUCUUUAGAUGGAGGUGAUCAUCAAAGUCUGCCUUCUUCACCAACUAGUUCAGCCGUGACUGCCAUAAGUGGGAGAAGCUCUCUUGGGAUGAGUUUGCAAUAUAAAGGUGCUUGGUGUACCCCUCCACGAAUCUUCGUGGACCACCAGGAUGAAAUUAUUCCUCACUUGGAGCCAGGACGUCUACCAUCCACUGUCGAUCCAGAUGCUGUACAGCAGCCUGAUAAGGGAAAGAAAUCCCAGCGUCCAGUUCGAAUUAGUGCAUGGAAGCUUGCAAAAUUGGAUUCUAAUGAGGCUAUGAAGGCGGCCAAUAAAGCAAGAGCAUCGUCAUCCGUGCUUCGCCCGGUUGCUUCUAGACAUCAAGCAUAUGAUGCUGAUUAUGUAUCCACCAGCAGUAUAAGUGGAAGAAGCAGUCCAGUUAGUACUACUGAUCAAGGGUUCCAGAACAAAAAUGCUAAAGCAGGACCAUCAAGGUUGUCUCCUUCUAGGAGCUCAUAUCCACCAAGUCGAGCUAGCCGGGAAGAUAUUGAAGCUUCUCAUCAUAGUGUUAGCAGCUUUAGCGGUCCCCACGUUUCUAACGUCAUCCCUUCACCACUAGAACAGAGAAAUUCAAACAGAGAUCACUACAACCCCAUUUAUCAGUCAUCAACCGAUCAAUCUCAGUCUUCAGCAAAACCAACCAAAGGCAAUGAAAAUGUAUCGCAAAUCCCCACGAGAAAGAAUAACUUUAGUACUGCAGAAAACACGAGAUCUUCUGUCUUUUGGGAUCAAGAAGCUGGACGUUUCGUCUCCUCAUCUUCCAGGCCUGUUGGCUCUUCUUCACAGGUUCCUGGAGCAGAACUGCUCUACACAGGUCAAUCUAUAUUUUUCGGGGGACCUGUCGUGAAUGAACAACCUGUUAGAGGGACCAGAAAUAGCGGCAAUUCACUGACUAGUGUUCUGGAUCGAGGUUCUACAUAUCAACAGGGUAGAGCACAGAGCGGUGGCCAGCUUCCUGUGUUCACUCCAAGCGAUAAUCAACAAAAUCGGUUUCCUUCUUCCAGAUUGUCUUGAGAAUGAGAAAAACCGACUUCUUUCAACAUACGUAGAGUUGGGCAGUAUGAAGCUUUUUUAAAAUGGUUUUUCUUACAUGCCAUGUGUAGGUUGCUUUGCUGUUACUAACUUGUAAUCCUGGAUUCUUCAACUUUGUUCUUACAGUUUAUUGGGUUUUCCUCAUUCUAGUUGCCAAUUUUUGCA